CUAGCGUAGCGGAAUAAACAGAAAAGCUGAAACAACAGGUUGGCGGAGAGAAGGUUUCCUAGCUAGUUUAUGUGAGAGGAGCUGGUCUGUGAGAAAGAAGUCAAUGGACUCCUUCGGCUGGUGCUCCACGAGCGCCUGCCGCUCCUUUCGCGAAGAAGAAGCGCACUCGACGCCGAAUCACACGAACGCCAGCAAUUUCUCCUGCCCUACCUAUCCUUUCUGCGUCCUCAUGCUCACCAACACCAUAGACCACACAAGCGUGAGGAUAUACGACCUUCUCCUGGUGUUCGGCAACGCGGUGUUUCUGUUGGUGCUCUUCAUCCAUAUGGUCCCUACCGUCAGGAAGCUCAGUCGCAGUCUGCCUCUCUUCAAGAUACUCUACUCUCUGGUGUUUGUGAUACCAGGCAUAAGUCUCGUCCAUGGCCUUGUCAGCAUGUCACUCGGAUACCAGGACCUCUCUUCAAAGUUAACGCAGGUGGUGGUUCGAGGCUCGAUUCUCGUGACAGAGAUGUGUGUCAUCGUAUUUGGGCUCUUCUUCAGCUCUAGCGAGGCUCUAUCCCAGAUUUAG